GCGUUACAAAAUCGGUGGUGCCUUGCUGGAAUAUUCCGAAAACUCAAAUUAUCAGUGUUCUUUUCGGUUUUAGUGAAUUUGUUUUUGCACGUGAUUUCACUAAGUAGACAGAGGUGAUUAUUAAUUAAGUGCAACAUGCCUGUGGAUCAAAUUCAGUACUCGCAGAGAUACACUGAUGACGUCUAUGAAUAUAGGCAUGUCAUCUUGCCUCCGGAUAUAGCCCGCCUGGUACCCAAGUCCCAUCUCAUGACUGAGACGGAAUGGCGCAACCUGGGAGUACAACAGAGUCCUGGCUGGCUGCAUUUCAUGGUCCAUAACCCUGAGCCUCAUGUGCUCCUCUUCCGGCGUCCUCGGACUGAUGUCCAGCCUGCCGUGAAUGGAUUAGAUAGUAAUACCAACUCCACCGUAAAAGUAUGAGGUUGGUGUGUUUAGGGUAAAUUAAUUUUGAAUGUACAUUUUGUGGUGAUAGAACAUGG